AUGGCAGAACAGCUCUCUUCGUACGACAAGGUCAAUCAUCCAAAUAUCCAUACUCGUAAUUGGGAGGGCCAAAGUAUUCGCAUAGUGGAGUCUAAGUAUCCGGAGAACGGUGCGUCCCAACGUAGGCCGCUUUCUUGCGGCCACCCUCAAAUGCCCUUCAAUGGCGGCAGCCGCCCAUCCAACUUAAGAGGCCUGAAUAACUCGAAUAGUUCAAUACUAAUGUCUACCGAUUUUGUAGAUGAGCGUAGAACAGAGGGAGAUGAAGCCGAAGUAGCCGAAGGAUAUCAGGUCGCUAAGCCUCACCAGGGACAGUCAACUUCGAGCUCUUCAAACUCAAUCACAUCUUCUUCUAGAGAAAGUACAAGCACGACUAGCACGUCUGCUAGCAGAACCCCGCUAAGCCCGAAGAACACGGAAAUAGGAGACACGUCGCGGCCAGGGGUCCGUUUUUCUGACCGCGGCCCUCCUCGUACGUCUACCGGCCACCCUACGAUCUAUCGACGAUCCAGCAUUGGAGCUGGGACGGUGGUAGAAUGGGGUACCCUAUUUGACGAGAACGGGUACGCUACCACGCGAAACAAUCAGUUUCUUAGAGGCCUGGCAAAAUAUAUUAUCGAUGAUUUGGCACCUAACAGUAGUAGUCUUGUUAUCACACCUGAGAAGCUCAGCGCUUUCUAUUCGAGAUAUAGGAUGGACCAAGAAAUCUACCCUCUUAUAGAAAUCCUCAAUUCCAGGGCUAGGGAUGCCCAUGAUCGUCUCGCCGAUUUCUUCACAGACCUGGACUGUCAGUACCAUCUAGUACCGCUCGAUUUCUACUCCCGGCCACGAGUCCCUGCUCUAACGCCCGCCGGAUUCGCCCAGUAUUUUACGACAUGUAUCCUCGCGCAUCCCGACGAGGAAUUCCGCCGCCUUGACAAGAUCGUAGCGGAUGUUCAGCUCGUAGCCGAUACCCCCCCUAUCGAUGGCGAGCUCGAAAGACUUCCUAGACAACUAUUUCGCAGUCAAUUUCCCGUGAGGCACGAUCCCAAGUCUAGGAAGAUCCUGACCGCUGCGAUUGACGACUUGAUAUACGACCUUAGACUGCUCGAGCCAUCUAGCCCGAGGUCCCCACUGGCGCUUAUGCCACCGCCACCGCCGUCGAGUACCAAAGACAAAAGUCUCGUCCCCGUAAUUCGCCGUUAUGUCAUUCCCGAGGAGUACACACGGCAAGACCAGUACAAACUCGCCGCUGGCUCCGAGGCGGGACAACACUGCGGACGAUACCUACAGAGUAUGAAUGGUGAGAAAUCUGAUCGACCUCCUACAGGUAACCGGGACUAUGAACCCUACCACGAGCGGGAGCGAAGUCAUUAUAAUAAAGAACCCAGCGGCUACCGGCCUGCCCCGUCAGGCGGUGCUGGCAGUAUCGUACUCUAUUCCCCAAGAAGCACGUACCAGCGCGCGCGGACUCCGCCGCCUAGGGGGCACCGGGCCUCGGCGCCAGACGUUAGCAGCGCAUCUGCGAGCUAUUUCAGGCCUGCCGGAUACCUGCCGCCGCCGCCGCCGCCGCUGACCAUCGCAGAGAGGCGCGGAUACGCAAUGAGCCUCGCGAAACCGGACGCGGCAUCUGAGAAUGGCGCUCGAGAGGAAACUAGGAGGCGUGAAAGCAGCGGCGGACGGAUCGAAACGGAACUACCGCUAAUAGAAGCCUCUGACCAAGGGAGCGGGAACGAGGGUACGGUCAGCAACAAAGCGCCGGCUUCGAGUCCGGCCGCGGAUACGAACACUUCCUCGACGCCGCUAGUCGCCACCACGACCCAGCGGCAACACUCACGCCGCGACAGCAACGGCGGUAAGACAGGAAUUACGAAUUCGGCAGCGGUAUCAUCGGAGGUCCUAAACACCGGGGAGAAGAAGCACCACCACCAUAGCCAUGGGCAUCACCGGCGUCGCAGCGUCGCGGAAGACGACAAAGGGCCGACGUGGGAGGAAGUAUUAAAGUCGCCGUCGUCUUCUCACCACCACCACCGCCAUCACCAUCAUCACCACAGAACGGAGAGUAGUAGUAAAGGGGGGAGUAGAAUUCUGCAUUCUCGCCGCCACUCUACCUAUUAAAUGAAAUUUCUCUGAUCUUGCUUCGUUCUGCUUGAUCGAAAAGG